AGAAGAAGAAGAAGAAGAAGCAGCCGCGCACCAGAAGAAGAAGAAAGAGGUGAAGAGAACAUCAAGAUCUUUAAACACAAAGGUUUGUUUCUCUAAUCCACACUUGAAAAUCAAGUUAUGUGUGACACAACAUUCAUUAAAGAGGAGAGUGAAGACAUGAGUGUUACAGACACCAGCACAAUGAAAAAUGAAGAUGAUGUAGAACAAAGAGACAUUAUGGAACUGGAAGAAACAACGGAAUCAGUAUGUCCUCAUUGUGGAAAGAGAUUAAGAAGUGAAGAGCAGCUUGUGAAGCACCUAAAAAUCCACACUGAAGAAAAGCCCUUCACCUGCCCUCAGUGUGGAAAGAGUUUCACAAGAAAAAGAUAUCUAGAGGAACACAUGAGAAUCCACACUGAAGAAAAGCCGUUCACCUGCCCUCAGUGUGGAAAGAGGUUCACAAGAAAAAGAUAUCUAAAUAACCACAUGAGAAUUCACACUGGAGAGCGGCCAUACGCAUGCGUUCAGUGUGGAAAAAGUUUCACACAAAAAAAUAAUCUAGAGGUCCACAUGAGAAUCCACACUGAAGAAAAGCCCUUCACCUGCCCUCAGUGUGGAAAGAGUUUCUCAAGAAAAAGUGCUCUCAAGAUCCACAUAACAAUUCACACUGGAGAAAAGCCAUUCACAUGUGUUCAGUGUGGAAAGAGUUUUGCACAAAAAAUAUAUCUAGAGGACCACAUGAGAACUCACACUGGUGAGCGUCCAUACACAUGUCCUCAGUGUGGAAAGUGUUUCGCACACAAAAGUAGUUUCGAGUCCCACAUGAGAAUUCACACUGGAGAAAAGCCAUACACAUGUGUUCAGUGUGGAAAGAGUUUCACACACAAAAGUAAGCUUGAGGUCCACAUGAGAACUCACACUGGAGAAAAGCCAUUCACAUGUGUUCAGUGUGGAAAGAGUUUUGCACAGAAAAGGACUCUAGAGGACCACAUGAGAAUUCACACUGGUGAGCGUCCAUAUACAUGUGUUCAGUGUGGAAAGAGUUUCGCCCACAAAAGUAGCCUCGAGUCCCACAUGAGAAUUCACACUGGGGAAAAGCCGUUCACGUGUGUUCAGUGUGGAAAGAGUUUCACAAAAAAAAGAACUCUAGAGGACCACAUGACAAUUCACACUGAAGAAAAGCUACACACAUGUCUGCAGUGUGGAAUGAUUUUCGCACAAAAAAGAUCUCUAGAGGACCACAUUAGAAUUCACACUGGAGAAAACACACAUUUUUGUUUUCAGUGUGGAAGGAGUUUCAAACGCAAAUUUAAUCUAGAGGUCCACAUGAGAAUUCACUCUGGACAGCGUCCAUGCAUAUGUGUUCAGUGUGGAAAGAGUUUCACACAAAAAACUAGUCUUAAGAACCACAUGAAAAUUCACACUGGAGAGCGGGCAUAUACAUGUGUUCAGUGUGGAAAGACUUUUAAACAAAAAUCUAGUCUUAAGAACCACAUUACAAUUCACACUGGAGAAAAGCCGUAUGCAUGUGUUCAGUGUGGAAAGAGUUUUAGAUACAAAAGUGUUCUUAAGAACCACAUGAGAACUAGCCCUGGAGAGCAUCCAUACACAUGUGUUCAGUGUGGAAAGAGUUUCACAAACAAAUGUACUCUAGAGGAACACAUGAGACUUCACACUGGAGAAAAGCCUUUCAUCAAGUAGGGUUUCUGCAGGUCAGAGAAAUGGGCGUGCCGAAGGUUUCUCACUGGUCAAAGGUGCUCUGAGUUGACCAAUCAGAAUUAACCACAGAUGAAGAUCAUUUCUAUUAAACAGGUCCCAGUAAUGUGUGUACUGCAAAGUUUGCAAACUUGGGAAUUUGUGAACAAAAGACAUUAAAAACGAAAUAAAUGUUUAUUAGAUGAA